UUGGGCCUUUGGCUCCGGCAGGUGCAGGUGGCAGCAGCGGCGGAAUCUGCGCGGGCCCAGGCCAGCUUCCCGGCUGUGGCUCGCGGGAGCGAGCAUGGCGGGCUGGUGGCGGGUGCUGCAGCGCGCGGCCCAGCGCUACCCGUGGCCCACCAACGUCCUCCUCUACACCGGGCUCUACUCCGCCGGCGACGCGCUGCAGCAGCGGCUGCGGGACGGCCCGGCCGACUGGCACCAGACCCGGCGCGUGGCCACAGUGGCCGUGACCUUCCACGCCAACUUCAACUACGUGUGGCUGCGCCUACUGGAGCGCGCGCUGCCAGGCCGCGCGCCACGCGCCGUUCUGGUCAAGGUGCUGUGCGACCAGGCGGUCGGCGGGCCCAUCACGCUGUCCGCCUUCUACGUCGUAGGUAUGAACAUUCUCCAGGGGAAAGAUGAUAUAUUUUUGGAUCUGAAACAGAAAUUCUGGAAUACAUACAAGACCGGUCUGAUGUACUGGCCUUUUGUACAGCUGACCAACUUCAGCCUUGUCCCUAUUCACUGGAGAACAGCUUACACUGGACUCUGUGGUUUUCUCUGGGCCACCUUCCUUUGCUUUUCUCAGCAGAGUGGUGAUGGCACAUUGAAGUCAGCUUUCACCUUUCUUCGUAUGAAGGAGACCCGUGCAGUUGAAGGGCCCCCAGAGAAAUGAGAAGUUGAGGACUCUCCUAAAGUGACUAAAUUUUGUCCUAAAAUGCACUGGAUUGCCUGCAGAGAAAAUACUUAUCAGUUAUGUGCUUCAUUUUGAAGAGUUAUGAUACUAUUCUAUGGACUCACUUGUUUUUUAAUUGUCAGUGAUUAUUUUGAAUUGUAGUCAAGCCUUUUUUCCCCUUCCCAUUCUGUUCUGAAAGUCUUACUUCUGUCAUGUUUUCACUUCUCUAUUAUUUUGGUUAAUAUCAACAACAGUGACAAAAAUAGCCACUGUUUUAGAGUUAUAAAAUAUUUUAGAGUUGAUCGCGGCUAGUUCUAGCAGCCAGUCCCAGGAUUAGGAGAGUGCCCCGAUCCAAUUGGGCAAAUGUUCGCAAAAGGUUCGCUCUCUGCCGCUGGCUUUUUCCCCUUUGGCUUCUAUUGGACCAUAUUAGCUCCUCCUAAUCGUAUUCGUUAUUGGCCAAAAGAACACCUUAGCUGAACCAUCAAAGGCUAGUGGAGGUAUGGUUCGCCAUUCUACAUCUCCUUAUGUAGUGUAUCCAUCUGAUAAGCCUUUCCUUAAUAGUGAUCUACGACGCUCCCCAAAUAAGCCUACACUUGCCUAUCCAGAAAGCAACAGCAGAGCCAUAUUUUCUGCUCUGAAAAAUCUUCAAGAUAAGAUUCGACGCUUAGAAAGUGUGAAAACCUUGUCUAAAGAAACAGUUGAAUAUAAGAAAGUACUGGAUGAACAGAUACAAGAAAGGGAGAAUUCAAAGAAUGAGGAAUCAAAGCAUAAUCAAGAACUGACAUCUCAAUUGUUAGCUGCAGAAAAUAAGUGUAAUCUUUUAGAAAAACAGCUGGAAUAUAUGCGAAAUAUGAUAAAGCAUGUGGAAAUAGAGAGGUCAUCUGUCUUGGAGAAACAGGUUUCCUUAGAAAGAGAACGGCAACAUGAUCAGAUACAUGUUCAGAGCCAGCUUGAAAAACUGGAUCUUCUUGAACAAGAAUAUAAUAAACUUACCACAAUGCAGGCUCUUGCAGAAAAAAAAAAUGCAAGAGUUGGAAGCAAAACUUCAUGAAGAAGAACAGGAAAGGAAACGUAUGCAAGCUAAGGCAGCUGAGUUGCAGACUGGUCUAGAAACAGAUAAACUUAUCCUUGAUGAAAAGGCAACUCCAUAUGUUCCCAGUGCAAGAAGAAUUAAAAAAAAGAAGACAAAAUCACCAGAAAAGAAGAGUCCUAGGAACUAUUUUGGUGCCCAGCCGCAUUAUAGAUUAUGCUUGGGUGAUAUGCCAUUUGUAGCUGGAAAGUCCACCAGUCCUAGUCAUGCUGUGGUGGCCAAUGUUCAGCAUGUCUUGCAUCUAAUGAGGCAGCACAGUAAAGCUUUGUGCAAUGAUCGAGUAGUCAACAACGUUCCUUUGGCAAAACAAGUAUCUUCCCGAGGUGCUAAAAGUAAGAAGUUGUCAGUAACACCUUCCUCCUCCACCAGCAUUAAUGAGUAGUUGUCAGAAGUCUUACAGACCUUACAGGAUGUAUUUGGGCAGAUGAGCUUUGAUCAUCAGCAGCUUGCAAAACUUAUCCAAGAGUCGCCAACCGUAGAACUGAAAGAAAACUUAGAGUGUGAGCUGGAGGCACUGGUGGGAAGGAUGGAGGCAAAAGCCAAUCAAAUAACUAAAGUUCGAAAAUACCAAGCCCAGCUGGAGAGACAAAAGCUAGAGAAGCA